CUGUUUGUCACUGCUGCGCCCUGACUGGCUGUGUGCUGGUGGGUAGGAGCUCGUGCGCUCCAGAGCACAUCAGCUUAUAGCGCAGUUUCUGUAAAGCGCGCAGCAGCAGAUGCGAAGAGGAGACUAACGGAGCGGAGAGGAGCGCGCAUAAAACAUCUGGACGGAACGAGCGCGCGCGCAGCUGGAGCAGCUGGAGAAUGACCUGAAGGAACUGAUUAUUCACUUAUCAGCCUAUAGCCUAUAUCAACCCUUCCCAUCACCUCCUUUAUUCCUCUCCUCCUCCUUCAUGAUUAUGAUCCACUCCCUGAACUCCACCAUGGCGCGCGCAGCCAACGCCUCGGCCGCCUCCGCCAACAGCAGCGACCUGUUCGGGCGCAACGAGGAGGUGGCCAAGCUGGAGAUCACCGUGCUGAGCGUGACGUUCGCCGUGGCCGUGAUCGGCAACGUGAGCGUGCUGGCCGCGGUUUACAACACCAAGAAGAAGACCUCGCGCAUGCACCUGUUCAUCAAGCACCUGAGCCUGGCCGACCUGGUGGUCGCCUUCUUCCAGGUGUUGCCCCAGCUGUGCUGGGAGGUGACGUUCCGCUUCACGGGACCCGACCUGCUGUGCCGCCUCGUGAAGCAUCUCCAGGUGCUCGGCAUGUUCGCCUCCACCUACAUGAUGGUGAUGAUGACCGUGGACCGCUACAUCGCCAUCUGCCACCCGCUCAAGACCCUGCAGCAGCCCACCCGGCGCGCCUACGCCAUGAUCGGUGCCACCUGGGCCGGCAGCCUGGUGCUGAGCGCCCCGCAGCCCUUCAUCUUCUCCCUCAGCGAGAUCCAGCACGGCUCCGGGGUCUACGACUGCUGGGGCCACUUCAUCGAGCCGUGGGGCAUCCGCGCCUACAUCACCUGGAUCACCGUGGGCAUCUUCCUCGUGCCCGUGCUGGUGCUGAUGCUGUGCUACGGCUUCAUCUGCCACAGCAUCUGGAGGAACAUCAAGUGCAAGACCAAGAAGAACGGCCUGGUGGGCAAGAGCUCGGUGAGCGGGGUCAGCACCAUCAGCCGCGCCAAGCUCCGCACCGUCAAGAUGACGCUGGUGAUCGUGCUGGCCUACAUCGUCUGCUGGGCGCCCUUCUUCAUCGUGCAGAUGUGGUCCGUGUGGGACGCCAACUUCAGCUGGGAUGAUUCAGAGAACACUGCAGUGACUCUCUCUGCGCUUCUCGCGAGUCUGAACAGCUGUUGCAACCCCUGGAUCUACAUGAUAUUCAGCGGACACCUCCUCCACGACUUCGCACACUGCUUUCCCUGCUUCCCCAAAAUACAGCACAAGUUCAAGAAAGAGGACUCGGACAGCAGCUUACGGAGGACCACCAUACUGACAAAACUCCCGAACCGGAGCCCUACUUGCAGUGUGGGCAACUGCAGAGACUUGGAUCAGACCCCUAAAGCGGACUCGACUUCUCCGCUGGAAACAUGACAUUCUGCAUCAGCUCCGGACUGAGAAUGUCCUCAUGAUAUCACAGCAGGGGCUGGUCUAAGGUGUUGUUUUCUCAAAGCUCUGCUGGGAAGUGGAGGAUAAACCGAGAAGGCUCUGCAGUAAAUCUUAAAACAGUGCGGCUAAAGCACAAUAGUCGAGAUCGCCAAACGCAAGGCCUUUCCGGUGAUAAGUGCUCGCUCAGGCACAGGCCACUGGAUUUAUCUGGGCUCCUAUAAACCUGCGGAACCCACUUCUUGCCAGUACAAAACCCCAAGCUAAGGAUAAAGCCCAGCUUUGUUAUUCUGAGAUGGAACAUUAGUGUGAAUCAACAUGCACAGCAUGUGCUGUUUGCAAAAUUUGAAUUCAUGCAGGACAAAAACAAAACAGUGAGUUUGUUUACAUGCACUUCAUAAUCUGAUUAGAAAUGGAUUUCUGCAGUUAUCUCAUUAUAUAAGUAAGCAUGUAAACAGCAUCCUGCGAUUUCAGAAAUUGGUGUCUAGGGUCUAAGAAUCUGAAUAAUGAAGAAUCUAAUAAAGAGAGACACAUUUUCUCUUAACUUGGAUUAUUCUCAGAUUUCUCAGUCUGUGCAAACAAGAAAACAGAUUGUGGUACAAGCAAGCAGUCUUUAACAUAGGACCCAUGAGAGGGAGACAAACACUUCUGAAGCAACUAUGAAACUAAAUAAAUACUAAAGAGUUUAGCUGAUGUGUGUUGAUUUCGCAGCAGGAUGUGAUAAACAAAAAAAAAUUGUGACAAACUCCAAUAUUGCAGUAAUCGGAUUAUGAAAUGCAAGUAUAUGCACUUACUGAAAGAUUAAAGAAAUUAAUGAUCAGAUCAGAUCAGAUUUGCUAUUCCCCAUUUUGUAAAUCACUGCAGAGAUGUUCAGGAGAAUAAAAAAGAACCAACACAUGAGAAUACUGUCAGCUGUGAUCUGGCACUCAAUGUUCAGGCUCCUCCGAGAAUGGCCAGUUGUUUACAAGGUUAGAUGUGGUCACCUGGGUCAAUAACCAAGUUUGAGACGUUAGCAGAUCUCUCACACUCUACCUCUCUGUCUCUUUCUGUCUUUCUUUCUCUCUCUCUCUCUCUAACACACAGACACACACACAGCCCGCCUGUACAAAUAAAAGGAUUUUUCCUUUGGUUUUUCCACCACAUCUAUCUCUGCUUUGGCUGACGUGGCUGAGCCCUUUUGUUGUAUUUUAAAUGAUUUAUUUUCUGGAAUUCUUCAAUUUCAGUAGCAUCCAUUAAUUACAGGUAACACAAAUCAUUUUACACUCUUGGUUCUUUGAGAAGUGCCAAAGAAAAUAAUUCUGGUUCCAUAAAGAAUCAUGUUUCUAUAGUGUGUAUAUAUGUGUAUGUGUGAAGAACCUUUAAAUUAGUAAAGGACCUUUAGUUCUAAAAAAAAACUUAGUAAAGGUUUUUUAGAGCUCUCCCUGAUUUUAAAUUAAAUCAAUGUAAUCUGUCAACAUUAACUUUUGUACACUAAUUUAUUUUUGAAACAAAGCUUUAGUAAAAACAGCACUACUUUAAUCACCCUCAAACAUUUAAAAAAAUCAUAUUACUAAAGUGAAACAUGUAAAAUCAACCCUUAUUUAUGUACCACAAAGAUCAGUUAAAAAAACGAAUAGAAAAUUAAUACAAAUAAGAGAAUUGUUCAAAAUAGACAUUUGAAUAUAUAAAUUAACAAAUAAAAUUCUCUCUUUGUAUUAUUUUCCUUUUUAAAGUGCUUAGAAACACUCAAAUCUGACACAAAAAACUAGCUAAUUGUAUGCUAACAUGAUUAGCAACAUAAUCUUAGCUAGCUAGCUAGCUCUGACUCCCUGUGAAAAUGCUAAAGACGUAGUUAGCUGUAGCGCUGUCAACCCUUUAAAAUACUUCUUAUUUAGUUAGACCCAUAAUAUUACUGGUAGCCAUUUAGUAGCAACAAUUGUUUUUAAGCUAUAUGUUUUAAAAAGCAUUUUCACUUUACCUCAGAGGCAGCAGAAUAUGGAAACUUCCAGAGUGAGCUCAUUCAUCCAGUCACAUGAUCUCCUGCUCAGUCUAAACUCAGUGUAGACUCCAUGCCAUUACUGCCAAGGUCAAAAACGUUUAGCGAUAUUUUACUGUUGAUCCAAUAUUUUUACCUCAACCAAAAUAGUAAAAAAAAAAUAAAAUGAUAUAUCACCUUGCUAUCCGGGUUAAACUCUUAAACUCCUCAGAACCACUGAUGGUUCCUGGCUUUUUUUUCCCCACUGUUACAACUUAUUACAAUAGCCAGCCAGUUAGCACUGAUUUGCAUGUAGUUAACCAAUGGUAAUCUUUUUCGAUGCAAAAUGUUCCAAACACUCUAUUCUAUUCACAAAUCUCUAUUAUAAACAUGGUUCUUCAUUGGGACCAGAAGAGGUUCUUCUAAGGCAUCGCUUAAAAAAUAAUUUAAGGAACCUUUAUAUUAAGGGUGUAAGUGAUUCAAAUCCACGGAUUCAACUCCAAUGAUUCAUUCCUCAUCUGAGUGGGUUCAGUCAAAACAGAACAGAAUCUUUCGUAAAGCUUGGAUAUUACCUUGUGACCCUGUUUACAACAUCAGCAAUGUUUUCCAUGGAGAACAUCCAAACACAUGACUGUAAUAUCUUUAGAAAUAUACUUUUAGCUGGAAAUGGAUUUUCAGUAGGUGAUUUUACUCUUUUGCAGUUUGAGUAGACACCAGGAUUUUCAGUGCAUGUGUAUAAAAGCUAUCGGUGCUGGUGUGCAUGUUCAACCUGUAAAACAAUCGUUGUCACAUUUGCAACAAAUGGAAUGUGAUUUUUCUGUAUAUCAGACGUUCUGCAUUUGUAUGAACCUUUGUGUUGUCCCAUUUUAUGCUCUAUAUGGAACAGUGUAGUACUGCUCAAGGUGUUGUUGAUGCAGUGUCUGUUGUCUAUUGACUCUGUUGCCUAUAAUUGCACCACUUCCAAUACAUAUUAUUGAUGUAUCCAUGUGCAAAAAUCCAAUAAACCACUCUUUGAAUCGUC